CCCCUCACCCUUUGGAAUGCCCCCCUCGCGAAGGAACACCUUUUCGUACCAAACGGGGAACCCAAACUGGAACCCCCCCCCGUUUGCUCCUUUUAACUCCCUCCCCUCAGAAGGAGGAAACGUUUGGAAGGCUCCAAGGAAUAGCUGAUGUGAACCGCGAGAGUGAAGUUAUAGUUGUCCCCCCAUAGUCGGCAUCUCCCUUUCGUAGAAUCUUUCGACCGAGCAUGCCACUUUCGUUCCCCUCCCAGUUAACAUAAAUGAAGAGCGGAGCUAUCAGAUGUUGGAGUGCCUCCCUGAAGGGAAGGAGCUUCUCCGCCACGAGUAAAGUCUUCGUUGACAAGAACACCACGGUGAUAUGCCAGGGGAUCACGGGGAAGCAGGGCACCUUCCACACCACGGAGGCGAUGAAAUAUGGGACCAAAAUGGUGGGGGGCGUGAACCCCAGGAAAAAGGGAACCAUGUGGGAAAGCCUAGACAAAAAAUACACUCUCCCCGUUUUCGGAUCCACCAUAGAAGCAAAGGAGAAGACCAACUGCUACGCAUCUGUCAUUUAUGUGCCCCCCGAGCAUGCAAAGAAUGCCAUCAUAGAAUCGAUUGAAGCAGAAAUCCCAUUGGUGGUCUGCAUAACGGAAGGCAUAUGCCAACAUGAUAUGGUGCAGGUAAAACACUGCCUGAACAUGUCGAAGAAAACGAAAUUAAUUGGCCCCAACUGCCCGGGGGUAAUAAAACCAGGGGAAUGCAAAAUUGGGAUUAUGCCAUCUCAUAUUCAUACCAAAGGGUGCGUGGGGAUUGUAAGCAGGAGCGGCACAUUGACGUACGAAGGGGUAAAUCAAACCACCAAAGUUGGGUUGGGGCAAUCCACUUGCAUAGGCAUUGGUGGGGACCCUUUUCACGGAACCAGCUUUAUCGACUGCCUUAAACUCUUUCUGGAAGAUGAAGAAACCAAGUGCAUCUUACUCAUUGGGGAGAUUGGGGGGGAUGCAGAAGAGCAGGUCGCCGAGUGGUUAAUACAGAACAACGUCGAUGAUGGGAAAAAGAAAAAAAAAAAGCCCGUUUUCGCCUUCGUGGCAGGGAAAUGUGCCCCCCCUGGAAAGCGGAUGGGCCAUGCGGGGGCCCUAAUUAGUGGUGGCAAAGGCACAGCUGAUGACAAAAUCGAGGCUUUGAAAAGCGCCGGCGUGCACACGAUUAUGAACCCGACUCUAAUGGGGCAGGAGAUUUACUCCGUGAUGAACGGCCUCGCGUAG